AUGCUCCCAAGACUAUUCAGGAGCACUCGCAUCGCCGCCCGCCCCGCGGCGGCCGUCCGCACGACAAUCGUCGUCCCCCGCCUCCCCGCGGCGCUGCGCGCGUACUCGGCUCUUCCAAAGCUCAAGGAUGAGGAGGACGCUUUUGUUGGCACGCCCGCUGGACAGGAGGCGGCUCAGAGCAAGAUUGCCGCCGCCGCCGCCAACGUUGGCCGUGCUCAGCUCAGCGAGAGCCAGCUCGCCGCCGACGACUUCUUCACCCCCGAGGUUGCUGCCGAGGCCGAGAAGGUCGACACCCGCCCCGCCGUCCAGCCUGCUGCCGGUAACCCCGAGGACGACCCGCGCAAGUUUGCAUCGCUCAAGAACAAGAUCGACCCCGAUCUGCUCAAGGCACUGACUGGCCGUCCCUUCCGCCUCACCGACAUGACGGCUGUUCAGGAGCGCGUGCUUAACAAGCUUCCCGAGCUCGCAACAACAGACCGCGAGGACCUGCUCGUCAAGGCCAAGACUGGAACGGGCAAGACGAUUGCGUUCCUCUCCCCAGCCAUCUGUGCGCGCGACGCUCAGCUCGACAAGGCUGUCGAGGCCACUAACCCUCGCGACAAGGCUGUCGCCGGCCUGGCCCGCCGCGAGGAGCGCACGAAGCAACUUGGUGCUCUCAUUAUCUCGCCGACCCGUGAGCUCGCGCAGCAGAUUGCCGACGAGGCCGAGAAGCUCCAAACGCACAACAAGGACCGCCAGGUUCAGCUCCUCGUCGGUGGACGCGGACGCUUCGAGCAGCUCAAGCGCUGGCGAUCAAUCCGUAACGGCCGCAAGGACAUUGUUGUUGCCACCCCCGGACGUCUUCGCGACCUGCUCGCCGAGCCCGAGGUUCGCGACGUUGUUGCCACGACCGACAUUCUCGUCCUCGACGAGGCCGACACGCUCCUCGACAUGGGCUUCAGCCAGGAUCUCCAGUUCAUUGUGGACCACCUGCCGCCCAAGACCGAGCGCCAGACGUUCCUCUUCUCCGCAACCGUGAGCCGCGAGGUGCGCGACAUUGCGCGCGACUUCCUCAAGGACAACCACGACUUUAUUGACUGCGUGCCCAAGAAUGAGAGCAACGUGCAUGCGCACAUCCCGCAGCACGUCUCCGUUGUCGAGCCCGAGGACCAGCUCAAGCACGUCGCGCACCUCCUGCUGCAGGACCAGCUCGAGCACGGCCCCAAGUCCAAGGUCAUCGUCUUCCUGAACACGACCAAGCAGACGAUGCUCUUCUCGACGCUGCUGAAGCAGAUCUCCCAGGCCCACGCCUUCCCUCGUGGCUUCAAGGUGCACGAGAUCCACUCGCGUCUCACCCAGGUCGGCCGUGAGCGUUCCGCCGACCGCUUCAGGAACGAGAAGUACCCCUCUGUCCUCGUCACGUCUGACGUCUCGGCCCGUGGUGUCGACUACCCUGGCGUCACCCGUGUGAUCCAGGUCGGCGUCCCCUCCAGCGAGGACCAGUACGUGCACCGCGUCGGUCGUACUGGCCGUGGCGGCAGCAAGGGUGGUCGUGGCGACCUGGUCCUCCUUCCCUUCGAGGCCGGGUUCACCAACGCCCUCGAGCGCCUCAAGGUACCCUUCACGACCCUGACGUACACCGAGCAGGCCGAGGCCGUCGUGGCCGGGGACAAGAUGGGCGAGGAGGCCGGCGAGAAGCUCCUCUCCAAGGUCGACGCGGCGACGCAGGCCCUCCCCGAGCUGCUUGAUGAGCGAGCCAUCGGCGAGGUUUACUUCUCCCUUAUGGGCUUCUACGCCUCCAAGGCGGGCGUCAUUGGCAAGACGAACGCGGAGCGUAUCUACGAGGGCCUCAAUGACUGGACGACCAAGGCCAUGGGCCUUCCCCAGCCGCCCUACCUCUCCCACGAGAUGAAGGCCCGCUUCGGCCUCGGCGGGAAGAAGGCCGAGAGUCGUGGAAACCGCGGCGGAUCGCGUGGCGGAUCCCGCGGAUCCUUCGGCAUGCGCGAGGACGCGGGCCGGGGUGGCCGCGACCGUGGAGACCGUAACGACCGUUUCGGUGACCGUGGCGACCGCAACAGCCGUUUCGGCGACCGUGGCGACCGUGGACCCCGCCGCGAGUUCGGCGGCGACCGCGAUGACCGUGGACCCCGCCGCAGCCGUAGCCCCCGCUACUAA